GUAUGUCCCAGCUGUAAGUGUGUGCAUGUGAAGGCGAACGAAGCUGGUUUUUCGCUGAUCUUACACGGCCAGUCGGGGGAGCACAUCAGUCGUAAGAUCCGUCGUCUGUUGUUUCGUCGUCUCGGGGUUUGCCUUGGUUAUUCCAUCCGCUUCGCUGCACACUCCGCGCUUGCUGGCUGUGUCGCCGUUCUUCCUGAUCGCCCUAUCCACAUUCUGACAAAAUGACUGGAGAAAAGACAAAGAAACGCGCCCAGCGCGCCACCAGCAAUGUCUUCGCUAUGUUCGAGCAGUCUCAGAUCCAGGAAUUCAAAGAGGCGUUCACGAUGAUGGACCAGAACCGUGAUGGCUUCGUUGACAAGGAGGAUCUUAAGGACACCUUUGCCUCGUUGGGCCGUGCUCCCCCCGACAAGGAACUGGACGAGAUGCUGAGCGAAGCCUCUGGCCCCAUCAACUUCACCAUGUUCAUUACCCUCUUCGGCGACAAAGUAGCAGGUGUCGACCCGGAAGCCACCAUCACAAACGCCUUCAAACUGUUUGACAAGCAAGGAACCGGCAAACUCGACGAACAGUAUUUACGAGACUUGCUGAGCGGUGUGGGCGACAAGCUAUCGGCGGAUGAAAUCAACCAGGCCUUCAAGGGCGCUCCGCUUCACAAGGGAGAAUUGGACUAUGUUGCCUUCGCCAAGCUGAUGACCCGAGGACCCGAAGACGAGGCGGCGGCUGCGGCAGCCAAGAAGAAGUGAACACCCACAGCCACAUCAUCUUUUUGGACAGAACUUAUUUAUAGCCUGUUUGGAGCUGGAUGUGUCUUCCGAUCUGCCAGUGCUUAUACUGAUACCAAAAGUUUACUUUGACUACCAACGGAUCACGAAAAUGUGUUCGACUAUAACGUUCAGUUUAUUUUACUGUUUUGUUGUUCACUACUCGGUCCCGCAUAUUAAUGUAACAUGAUCUUGUGCUUAAAAUCCUUGUUUUGGGUUGACCGCAUAAAUCAGUGACAUACAAAAA